UCAGUCACAUUAAUAAAUUGUCUGAACAAAUUUUUUGAAAAACCAAAAUAAUGGCCAGCAAGCAAUUGGUAAACAAUUUGGCUAAAGUUGGACGCUGUGGCCAGAACUGGCUGGCUCCGUUGACCGCCGUGCGCAAUAACAGCUCCCGCAGCGACAUCGACAAAGUCACACACACGGGACAAGUAUUUGACAAGGAUGACUACCGCAAUGUGCGUUUCGUGAAUGCCAAGCGUUAUGUGAACGAGAACUGGGGCAUCAAAAUGAUUGACGAGAUUCCUCCAAUCGAAAGCACCGAGCGUGUGGUCUUCUGUGACGGCGGCGAUGGCCCCCUGGGACAUCCCAAAGUGUACAUCAAUCUGGACGCACCCGGCAGUCACACUUGCGGCUAUUGCGGCCUGCGCUUUGUGAAGAAGGAUGACCAUCAUCACUAGGGAAUUACCAUCAAGAGAGGCCCGCCUGACUUUGUUUGCCUGCUUUAGUUUAAAUUGUAAACUGAAUAAAAUUUUACCAUCAAA